UCCAACCAUCCAUCCGACCAACAUCCCUUUGAGCUCAGCUCUGGAUGGGAGCCAUACAACUGCUGCGAAUGUUUCAAUUUUACGUUCCACUGUUUAGUGGCAAAGGCUGCUGAUGGUGCUUCUGCUGCUUCAGCUUCUGCUGGUAAUGCUGAUGGUGAUGGUGCCUCCGGCAUCCUGCAACGAAACCGGGUUCGAUUUUGAUUUGGCUCGCGCUGGUAAUGAGCUGGGAAAGUUUUAUGGGUCGACGGCGGAUGCAGCACCAGGUUCGUAGGAGGCCAUAAAAUUGAUGGGCGAGUGUUGUGAGUGGGUCGUAGCCAUAUCAUCUGCCAGUGCCAGCCAGUGCGGCAGUCUCAUCAAUUUGAUGUCGUGCACAUUUAAUGUGGUGUUGAGGGGACGCGCGGAUGCAUAAAAAACCAGAGCCCGACCCAAAGCCCAAGCCAGAGCAGAGCUCGAGCCAGGGCCAUAAAUUACUAAUAAAAGCCGCGUGUGUGCGAGUAUGUGAAGUACAUUGGUGGCGGGGGUCGCGGAAAUGCGUUGGCCGCCAUUUUGUGCGGCGUAACGGUGGAAGCGGAUUUGAGGCGCUAACAAAUGUGCGGCCUAUUGACACAUUCGGGACGGAACUGACACAUACUAAUACGAGUAGUAAAUAAAUUAAGUAAAUCACAGAAUUUUUUCAUUCUAUGAUAAAUUCUACAUGUCCAAGUAUCUGUCACGCUUGGCAUUCUGGGUAGGGCGCCCAGGGCUGAUGGCUCUGCGCCAUGACUCGACCGACUGCGCCAAGAUCGGCCAUACCACGGUCUCGAUGAGUCGCAGUCUGCGGAAGACGUCACCGUCGGCCUACAAGAUCCUACGCACCACCGUCGCCAAGGUAGAGCAGAUGAUAGGCAUGGGCCACCGGCUCAGGCUAAACGAAAAGGAGCUGGCGGCCAACGCUGUGAUCAUGGCCGUGAAGAAAGAAGAGAUAAAGAGAGGCCUGCUCGAUCCAUCCAAGUUCUCGCCGGGCCAGCACAUCUUCCAGACGCUGAACCACAUCCGCAAGUCACCGAUCUUCAACAUCCUCAAGAAAAUGCCCAAGGGAGGCGUGCUGCACGCCCAUGACACGGCCCUGUGCAGCACAGAGUUCCUCAUCGAGCUUACGUACCGCGAGAACCUGUGGAUCUGCACCACGGAUAAGGGCUGCAAGGCGAUUGCCUUUCGCUUCGCUCUGGAAAAGCCCACCAUGAAGGCUAUCGAGGCCUGCAGCUGGGAGCCGAUGGAGGACUUUCGCCAACGGCACGGCGAGGAGAAUGUCCGGCGAUACUUUCAGCAGUGCUUCAGUAUGUAUCCCUUAUCUAACUUCACGUCGAACAACCAGGCCUGGAGCCACUUUAUGGGCAUUUUCAUUCUCCUCGACGGUCUCCUUUGUUACGCCCCCGUUUGGGGCGACUAUUACUACAACGCCCUGAAGGAGUUCUACGAGGAUGGGGUGCAGUAUCUCGAGCUGAGAUCCCUGCUGCCGCCGCUCUACUGCAUCGGCGGCGAGAUUUUGGAUAUCAGGGAUACGGUGGCCAUUUACGAGGCCGAGCUGGAAUGUUUCAAGGCCUCGCAUCCGGACUUCAUUGGCUCCAAGCUGAUCUAUGCCCCGCUGCGAGGAGUCGAGCCCAAGGUAGUGGAGGAAUAUGUAAAAACUGCGGCGGCCCUUAAUAAAGAAUUUCCAGAUUUCAUGAUUGGCUUUGACCUGGUUGGCCAGGAGGAGCUGGGGCGACCGCUCAUCGACUUUGUGGAGCCGCUGCUGAAGAUGCCCGAGCACAUAAACUUCUACUUCCACGCGGGCGAGACAAACUGGUUCGGAUCGCCCAUCGAUGAGAACCUGAUCGAUGCUAUCCUGCUGGGCACGAAGCGCAUUGGCCACGGCUACGCCAUCACCAAGCACACGCUUUCCAUGCAGCUGUGCCGCCUGCUCGACAUCGCCAUAGAGGUGUGCCCUGUCUCCAACCAGGUGCUGCAGCUGGGCGUCGACUAUCGCAACCAUCCGGCGGCCCUGAUGAUAGCCGCAAAUGUGCCCAUUGUCAUCUCCUCCGACGAUCCCUCGUUCUGGCGUGUUGCCCCACUGUCGCACGACUUCUACUUUGCCUUUCUGGGGAUAGCACCGAUGCAGGCGGAUCUGAGGUUCCUAAAGUGCCUAGCUCUCAACUCGAUCAGGUACAGCGCCUUGAAGGGAGAGGAGAAAGACGAGGCCUUCAGAAAGUGGCAGAAACUGUGGGACAAAUGGAUCGAUAAUGUGAUAUCGAACAAAUGAAUCAAAGUGAAUGAUUUUGUGAAUAUUUGGUAAAAACUCGGAGUACGUUUCAUUAAAUUUCGCAUUUAUUUUA